UGUAAACAAGGUAUUUAACGAAAAGCGUCUUAACACAAAUUUAACGUUGUUUUUUAGGGUUAAAAUCGUUUUAAUCAUCCUGACGGCGUUCUGUAGGCGCUGAAAAGGGUCCUGAUCCUAAUAUUUCCCUGGUGAAUUUUGUUCCAGCCCUGGGUCCCGGCAGGCCAAAGAGGGAUCACUUGGAUCCAGGAGAAACUCUGUCUUUAAAACACAGGACUGGGCCCCACCUGGGGAAGGAUACGGAGCUCACUGGUGAAUGACAGGAUCUGAACUGUGUAUGGCGAUGAGUUGUUUGGCACAUGUUAAGAAGGAGGAGGAUUCUAUAUUCCUUCAACCUGUUAAAGAAGAGCAUGUGGAGACAGAACUGUGCCCUUCCUUUAUAGACUUCAUCUUCAAGCAGGAGGAGGAGGUGGAGUCCAAACCUGAUGUAGUAAAGGAAGAGUUUUUCAACUCGACAGCCAAAAAAGAGGAACCUUCAGAACUUAUAGUUACACCUCUUCUGGAUUCCACCAGUCAGAUUCCAGAAACAGAGAAUUUGAAUCAUCAUAUUUCUUCCCUUGAGUUCAUCAGAGAUGGUUUGCCCACACAGAGAAUGCAGCUCCGACAGAGAAGCAGUAGAGAAAAGACUGUGCUUAGUCCUUCAAUAACAGGGAGAAGGGAGGGCACAUCACCUCCCUACCAGUCGGAAUCAGAAGAAGAUGAUACAAGUGAUCCAAACUGGAGACCACACAAGGUUCUCCCUUUGACCACACAAGCUUCCGAUAUGCAUGUCUUAAGGAGACCUUGUGUCCAGCCUAGAAAUUCCAAUGACACCAAAGCAGUCAAUGAAAAACCUGAUGCAAAUUCAGUGAAUAUCUCAUGCUCUCCAUAUUUACCCACAGGCUCAGAUAUGAAGCAAAGCAGUGAGAAGAAACCAGGUAGGAAGAAAGCUAAGCAGAGCACACCUACAGUGAAAUCGAGUAAUCCACGCAAGCACACAUGUGAAACUUGUGGCAAGGCUUUCCUCUCCAAACGGGACCUGAAACGCCAUGAGCAUACCCACACAGGAGCCAAGCCGUUCACCUGCAGCGUGUGUGAGCGCAGCUUCAACGACCAUGGAAACAUGCGCAAGCACAUGGCAGUUCAUACUGGGGCCCAGCCAUACAGUUGUAGCCUCUGUGGAAGGGCCUUUUCAGAAAGUGGGAACCUCAGGCGUCAUGAGUUUUACGUUCAUGAGAUCAGAGGAAAAGACCAUCGCCAGUGGGAGCCUCUCUGGCACCAGUGCACGGCCUGCCACCGGACAUUCAAAUACCAAAAAAGCCUAAGCCGUCACAUGAGAUUGUGGUGUCAUACAAAGAAGGACAGAUGAAGGCAAAAAUAUGUGGAGAAAGAAGGGAACGCAAAACAAGUGGAGAACAAUGAGCGUUGAAAAUUGUGGAGAUCGUAAAGGAAUAUCUCAGCCAUACAUGCUAAUGUUGUUAACAGUGAAGGGAAGCUAUAAGCCAACAAUCAGUAUAUUAUUCUCAGACGGCUGUUUGCUUUUGUUAAUUAUUGGCAACAUGAGCUUUAUUGAAUGAACCAUUCCUCUACGUGUUCUGCUGGACUGACCACUUCAUUAUCUACACCUGAUUUGAUGAAUGGGCUAAAGAAAGGCUAACAAUAAUCAAGAGCACCACAGGAACUAUGCAGAGCAGGCAUUAUUUGGGUGGUUGAUCAUUCUCAGCAUUGCAGUGACACUGACGUUGUGGUGGUGUGUUAGUGUGUAUUGCGCUGGAAUAAGUGUAUCAGAUCCAGCAGUGCUGCUGGGGUUUUUAAACACUGUCUACUCUAUUGGACCCUUCUACCCUGUUGGUCCACCUUAUAGAUGUGAAGUUAGAGACAAUAGUACAUCUUUUGCUGCACAGUUUGCAUUAGUCAUCUUCUAGUCCUUCAUCAGUGGGCAUUUUCUGACCACAGGACACUGUUGGCUGGAUGUAUUUUGGUUGAUGGACCGUUCCCAGUCCAGCAGUGACAUUGAGGGGUCCAUUGAUGAACAAGGUCAAGAAAGACUAACAAAUUAUGCAAAUAUGAAGCAGAAGGCUUUGAUCUGAUUGUAGAGCUACCGAUUGCACCUGUAUGGUCUGUAAAGCUGACAGUGGCCAGUGAGUUUGCUCCACUUUAGAAUUCUGAUGUUUUAAACUGAUGUUUUUAGAUUGUUUGCUGUUGGAUCUUCACUACAGUAGUAGUCAAAUGUUCGGGCCUGACAAUGUAUGGUUUUCAUAGUAUUAGCCAUUUUGAUCUAAAGUCAGACUAAAGCUCUGCUCGAGCUGGAUUAGUUUUAGCAGUGAAAAUCACAUUUGUAAGGGAUUCGACCACCCAGUUCAUUUGGGAUGUAUGUGUGUAAUAAGUGUCUGUGUAAUUUCCCCAAGUUACCUCAGAUAGUCCAGAUUAAAACAUCAUAGCCUGGAUCAAUACAUCAUGGCCUGGAUGUUCACUUCAGCAUUAAGAUUAGAAAAAAUUGCAUCCAAACAAACCACCAAAACAAACUUGGAGAUAAUACCAGAUAGAACAGCAUCAGGUUAGUAAAGUGGGCUCAUUUAACUUAACAAAUAUCACAAAUAUUGAGCAGCCUAGAAGGUGCUCUGCAUUGUGGCAGGUACUGUCAGAUAUUUAAUUUCAUUCUCCUUCUAGUUAACAACUAAAUCUUUUAUAUUACAGUAGUCCUAUUUGAAUUUGAGGAUAACGAAAAUGUGCCAAGAGCUCAAUUUUUGCAGCCAAGUUUGUCUUCCAGUCACUAAAAAUUCAGAGGUGCUGAUGUCUGUUACCAGAAUUUAUUACAUUGCCAUGAAGUCAAUUUAAACAGGAUUACUAUUGCUGAAGAAGCUUCCAGUUUGCUGAAUUUUAGGAGGUUAUUCACUCAGGAAUUAUUACUUAGCAGACUUGUGAAAAUUACAGACGUGGCAGAUUCGUACUGGAUUGAAAUCACACAUCCUCAGUAAUCACUCAGAUUACAGCACCUCCCCAGGUAAAACUAAUCCAGCUCCAGCAAGGCUUAAGGCUAGUCCUAAUCAUUUUGAUUUAUGCUUAAAUACUAAGACAAAUCUUGACCCCAAAGAAGUGUUUUUCAUCUGUGAACAAGUGCUCAGCAUAUGUGAAAUUUCUUCAAGCCUGUUGAGCCUUAUUUUAUUUAUUUUUUUAAUCAGAGGACAAAGUCUAUAUUUGUAAUUGUACUGAAGUUGUGAGGGUCUAUGUAUAUAUAUAUGUGUGUGUGUGUGUGUGUGUGUAUAUAUAUAUAUAUAU